GGGGUUAUCUACCAUCUAAUCUGUACUCUAUCUGUCUGUACUCUGUCUGUACGGGGAGACGGGUAACUAAAUGUAGUAAGUUGCAUCCACGAAAAUCGCAAUAUAAAUAGGAAUGGUUCAGAUCAUACAUGUUCAUACAUAUCAUACAUGUUCAUCAUGCCUUAGUAUCUAUCCAAGUAAGCUCUUGAUCGUGAUGUUUGAUAGAGAAUCCAAGGUUCUUGUUUCUAGCUUUUCUGCUACUGCACUUGUUGUUGCUUUUUGGCUCUUUGGCUCCAAAAUGAUGAAGUCACAUGGUAAUUUAGAACUGCUAGGUACAUACACACGAUAUCACAAUCCAUAGAUACAUGCCGACGCACAGUACAACUCCUCAAACUAAGUUUGAACACUCACGAUCCGACGUACUUAAUCUCCAUCCGCGCUUUCACUGGUCCCUGGCAUUGAAUUCCUUUUGUUUUCCAUCCUCGACUUUAUCUAUCGCCAGUAAGGUCGUUACACAUUUUCCUUUUGAUACCGCUGCGUACAGAGUAUUAUUAGAACGACCAACCCAAACACCCUUGCACGGGGCAAACACCCUUUCUACUCGCGGGGCAGUAAUAUAUGUUAUUCAGUGAUAUGAGGCUUUGAAUCAUUUCAUUAAGUAGCCGCGCCCCUUGGAGGAGUUUAAAAACCGGUCGUCCGAAUAGUCAGGAGUAAUCGAUCUUGGAAUGCUACCCUCACGCAAACGAUCAAAACUAAAUCCUUCCAAGGAGCAGUCAACGUCUUCCUCAAAAGAUACCGCAGAGCCGGGACAUACUACUACCCACAACGGUCAGCAUGGUGCAGCUUCUAACAAAAAACUCGGAUCGAGGGCGAGUUGGUAUGGAACUUGGCCGCGAAAAUCUACUGUUUCUACACAGGUUGUGAAAGAGACAAUCUUAGCUGAUAAAACAUCGAACGGGAACAUGGCGACGGAAUUGAGCCAUCACGGUCAACGAAAACCAUCAAUCACAUCCAGACCUCUGUCAAUGUACCCAGGGAAAAGCAAGCCAGCAUCGGAAAUAACACUGAGCGUUCCACCGCGGGAAACCUCGAACAAUAAGACAAGUAGCAAGAAAGAUGAGAAUGUAGCCCGCGACGUUGACAAUCCAGAAACACCUCCAAGGACCCGAUUGUUGGAGGAGUCAGAUACACCCAAAGAAACAAACUCGAAAAGCUCGCCGAUUGCUGAGAUUGCAAAGCAGCCGGUCACAUCUCAAGGCUGGUUAGGCUGGUUAGGCAUGCCAUCGCAAACAUUAAAGGAGUCAAUAGAAUCUAUUCCUGUGGUGGAGGAGCCUCACAAACAAGAUACUCAAGAAAUCCCAUCGAAUGAGACAAUUAUACCAGAGCAGGCAAUGGCAGAAGAAGCGAUGGAAGCUCCGAAACAAACAUUAUCAGCAUCGAGGUCAUGGUUCAAUUUAUGGUCAGCCUCUGAACCUCCAAUUCCUGCAGAAGGCCCAAGAGAGCCAGUUUUAACCCAAGUCUUGGAGAGCAAUCCCAUCAAAAUCAUCAAAGAUGCAUCGAAAGAUGCACCUAAAUCUCCACAAUCUACACCGAGUAGAUCUACAACGCAACCUGGUGGGUCUAGUUGGGCAUCGGCGUUUUGGUACUCCGACAAUACCAAAAAGGGUACCGAGCCUCUGGAGGACAAUAAUAAGGGGGAAACUGGCGAGUUAGCAGUCUCGGAUGAACAAUCUCAAAGUCUUCCGCUUCCAGUUCAAGCCAUUCCAGCCGUCGAUACUAAGUCGUUAAAUGGGGACAAAAAGCCAAAAGCGGCCGGCAAGAAAAGUCGACCGAAGUCUGUAGAUAUCGAGGAAAUCUCUCAAAAAACUGCAAGUGCACAACUAGAUGAUGCAUCGAAAAAAGUCACCUCCCCCUCUCACAUCCCCUCGCCGCCCAAUCUAUUGUUACCGUCCGUACAAAGUACUUAUCAUUUGAUGGGAAAUCCAUCAUUCUUACGACAAUUGACACGAUUGAUUGUACGUGGCCGACAGAAACCCAUGAAGCAUGUAUCUUUGGCGAAGGAAGUACCAACAAUCAAGAAUGCAGUCGCAAUAGGUGUGCAUGGUCUGUUCCCUGCACCUCUUUUGCGCAAACUCAUCGGACAGCCUAGUGGAACUUCGAUAAGAUUCGCUAACCAUGCAGCGGCUGCUAUUAAGCGGUGGGCAGAUGCACAUGGCUCUCCUGAUUGUGAAAUAGAGAAAGUGGCACUUGAUGGUGAGGGUAAAAUAUUUGAGAGGGUGGAUAAACUUUGGAAACUGCUCAGUAAUUGGACCGAUCGAUUGAGGAAAGCAGAUUUUAUCAUGGUGGCUGCUCAUUCACAGGGCGUCCCAGUCGCUUUGAUGCUUGUAGCAAAACUGAUAGAAGAGGGCAUAGUAUCGUCAGCAAGAAUCGGCGUAUGUGCAAUGGCUGGUGUGUCAUUAGGCCCUUUUGCAAGUCACCAAACUGGAUAUCAAGCAGCAUUAUUCAACGAGAUGAUCACAGAACUCUUUGAGUUUGCAAAUUACGAAAGUGAGGUGGCAAAGCAUUAUGAAAAGGCCCUUCGACGGGUCUUAAAGUAUGGAGUAAGGGUAACUUUUUGUGCGAGCAUUGACGACCAACUCGUAUCUAUUGAGUCCGCCAUUUUCUCACCAGCAGAACAUCCCUAUAUUUAUCGGGCUGUAUUUGUGGAUGGACGUAUACAUGCUCCGGACUUUAUUGCCCACUUAGUCGGCUUCGCGUUGAAAUUACGCAAUCUUGGUGUGUCAGAUCACGGGCUUAUUCGUGAACUAUCGGCACCUCUAGCUGGAAGUCUGUAUACUGGUGGUGGUCACUCCCGUCUCUAUGACGACGACAAAAUAUAUGACAUGGCAAUGGAUCAUGCCCUUACCACCACUUCAGUUCCCGACGUGCCUUUGCACAUGUCCCAGUAUGCUCCGCCUACAAACGCAAAUCCCUACGUUUUACCCUGGAUCAUGCGUGGUGUUCUCGAAGAAGAAUUUGUGAAAACAGAACUGCACAACGAAGCAGUAGAACUGCUGAAGCAAUUCGAUGAUUGGAAACCCACUACUAAAGUUUUACAAGAUGUAAAGUACAGGCUGGAAGCUGUUAGAUCUAAAUUAUGAGGAAGAGUCGGCAUUGUACAUCAGUUUGAUCGGGAGUUUCAGAAUUUGUGUAUUAUAAGAUUGCGUUUGGAAAUUCAGGAGGCGUAACUUUGCAUAUAUACUAUACAUAGGGAUUUGGAGAGCAGGACACAUGGCGUGGGAUUUGAGCGCAGGCGUAGGGAAAUUUACUUGGGCUUUAUACUUUUAACUACAAAUCUGACGUUUAUACUUAUUGCUA